GACAGCGGGGCAGUUCGGAAGGAGAAGAGCACCCGGGUAAGGUCGCGGCAUCCCCGGCCACCCACCAUGGCACUGGGCUUGGAACAGGCGGAGGAGCAGCGGUUGUACCAGCAGACGCUCCUGCAGGACGGACUCAAGGACAUGCUGGACCACGGCAAGUUCCUGGACUGCGUGGUGCGGGUCGGGGAGCGCGAGUUCCCAUGCCACCGCCUGGUGCUGGCGGCCUGCAGCCCCUUCUUCCGCGCGCGUUUCCUGGCCGAGCCAGAGGGCUCGGGGGAGCUGCGCCUGGAGGAGGUGUCCCCGGACGUGGUGGCCCAGGUGCUGCACUACCUGUACACGUCGGAGAUCUCGCUGGACGAGGCGAGCGUGCAGGAUCUGUUCGCCGCCGCGCACCGCUUCCAGAUCCCGUCCAUCUUCACCAUCUGCGUGUCCUUCCUCCAGAAGCGCCUGUGCCUCUCUAACUGCCUGGCCGUCUUCCGCCUGGGCCUCCUGCUGGACUGCGCGCGCCUCGCCGUGGCCGCCCGCGACUUCAUCUGCGCGCGCUUUGCGCUCGUGGCGCGCGACGCCGACUUCCUCGGGCUCUCGGCCGACGAGCUCAUCGCCAUCAUCUCCAGCGACGGGCUCAACGUGGAGAAGGAGGAGGCGGUGUUCGAGGCGGUGAUGAAGUGGGCGGGCAGCGGCGACGCCGAGGCGCAGGCCGAGCGCCAGCGCUCGCUGCCCACGGUCUUCGAGAGCGUGCGCUGCCGCCUGCUGCCGCGCGCCUUCCUGGAGAGCCGCGUGGAGCGCCACCCUCUCGUGCGCGCCCAGCCCGAGCUGCUGCGCAAGCUCCAGAUGGUGAAGGACGCGCACGACGGCCGCCUCACGGUGCUGCGCAAGAAGAAGAAGGAGCCGAGCAAGGGGGGAGCCAGCGCCAAGGCGGCGGACAAGGGCCCCGACGCCGCCAAGGCAGAGGAUAAGAAGGAAGAGGAGGAGGAGGAGGAGCGCAUCCUCCCGGGCAUUCUCAACGACACUCUGCGCUUUGGCAUGUUCCUGCAGGACCUCAUCUUGAUGAUCAAUGAGGAGGGCACCGUGGCUUAUGAUCCGGCAGCCAAUGAAUGCUACUGUGCCUCGCUUUCCACCCAGAUCCCCAAGAACCAUGUCAGCCUGACAACCAAGGAGAAUCAGGUGUUCGUGGCUGGGGGCCUCUUCUACAACGAUGACAACAAAGAGGACCCCAUGAGUGCUUACUUCCUGCAGUUUGAUCACCUGGACUCAGAGUGGCUGGGGAUGCCGCCGCUGCCCUCGCCGCGCUGCCUCUUUGGCCUGGGAGAGGCUCUCAACUCCAUCUACGUGGUGGGCGGCCGAGAGCUCAAGGAAGGCGAACUCAGUCUGGACUCAGUCAUGUGCUAUGACCGGCAGUCUUUCAAAUGGGGCGAAUCGGACCCGCUGCCUUACGCCGUGUACGGCCACGCGGUGAUCUCGCAUAUGGACCUAGUCUAUGUCCUUGGGGGCAAAGGCAGCAACAGGAAAUGCCUGAACAAGAUGUGUGUCUAUGACCCGAAGAAGUUCGAGUGGAAGGAGCUCGCGCCUAUGCAGACUGCCCGCUCACUCUUUGGGGCCACCAUCCAUGAUGGCCGCAUAUUCGUGGUUGCUGGGGUCACAGACACAGGACUGACCAGUUCCGCAGAGGUGUACAGCAUCACAGACAACAAGUGGACGCCCUUUGAGGCCUUCCCGCAGGAGCGAAGCUCGCUCAGCCUAGUCAGCCUCGCGGGCACACUCUACGCCAUUGGGGGCUUUGCCACUCUGGAGACAGAGUCCGGGGAGCUGGUCCCCACGGAGCUCAAUGACAUCUGGAGGUAUAACGAGGAGGAGAAGAAGUGGGAGGGCGUCCUGCGGGAGAUCGCCUACGCCGCGGGUGCCACCUUCCUCCCGGUGCGCCUCAACGUGCUUCGGCUCACUAAAAUGUGAGGCCCACGGGGCCUGUGCCGGCCACCACGCCCCCCACUCCCGCCCGGGCAGCACAGUGGCAGUGGCCAGAGCCAGCCUGGAUCCUGUCGUCGGACCUGAGGGGACCGGCCUCGGCGAUGAGAAGCCUCAGCGCUCUCCAGGGUCCCCUCAGUCAUCGUGAACCGAACCAGAGGGGCACGUCUGCACCCAGCCACCGGGCACUGGUCAGUCAGUCCCACCUGCACAGGACUGUGUCUCCGACUCGGACUGGAGUGUCCCUCCCACAACACACUGGACCGCGUGGGGGAGACUUUCCAAAGAAUAAAGGGCCUUCCGGGCAGCAGUCAGGGUCUGGCAUCGGGAUCCCAGGAACUCGGCUGGGUUGGGGGUUCAGGGAGUCAGCAGUAGGCUCGUGGGUCAGCAGACUCUACUUCCCAAGGCAUAGGACUCUACCACUCAACUCAAGCCAGGGACCCCCACUCUACUUCCCCAAGCUCUGCCUGCCCCAUGCAUGCCCCCCCUCCCCGAGCCCCUCACCUCCAGCCGUGUGCCCAGCAGGGUCAGAGGGGACAGACAGCAACAGCAAGGGGUGGUAGAAAAGUCUUUUAUUCUCCGCAGUCUGGAUCUGAGCCCACCACCCCACCCCCAACCCCG